UUUGAUUGUUACUAUGGAAGUCGUGAAAUUUCAGCAAGCAUCUUUAAUUAAUUCUGAUCUGGACAUGUAUUAUGAAAAGACCGAUACCCCCGCCUUGUGCAGGACUAGCAGUCUAGUCGAAGAAUUAGGACAGAUUGAAUACAUCUUCUCCGAUAAAACUGGUACACUCACCUGUAACGAAAUGGAAUAUAAGCAAUGCUCUAUUGCGGGUAUAGCGUAUGCUGAUUACGUCGAAGAAUCAAGAAAAGCUCGUAUCAUCGACGGCGAAGAAGUUGGAUUACAUGAUUUCAAACAAUUGAAGCUAAAUCUGAAAAACCACCCAACAGGAAAUGUAAUCAAUGAAUUCUUAACUCUAUUAUCUGUUUGCCAUACGGUCAUUCCCGAAUGGAAGGAUGAUAACCCAGCCAACAUCAUAUAUCAAGCUUCUUCUCCUGAUGAAGGAGCUCUUGUAAAAGGUGCACUUACCCUGGAUUACAUUUUUACGACCCGUCGUCCAAAAUCGGUCAACAUACGUGUUAACGGUGUCGACCUUGAAUACGAAAUUCUCAACAUAUGCGAAUUCAACAGUACACGUAAACGUAUGUCCACUGUCGUUCGUGGACCUGAUGGAAAGAUUAAAUUGUAUUGUAAAGGAGCGGACACGGUGAUCAUGGAACGUUUGAGCGAAAAUAACCUUUAUGUCAAGAAGACACUGAACCAUCUCGAGGAGUAUGCCACCGAAGGUCUCCGUACUCUUUGCAUCGCAAUGCGCGAAAUUUCCGAUGAAGAGUAUCGAGUUUGGUCUUCCAUCUAUGAGAAGGCUUCGACGACCUUGGUUGACCGUCAGGAAGAGCUUGACAAGGCAGCAGAGAUGAUUGAGAAAGAUCUUUUCCUCCUGGGUGCAACUGCCAUUGAAGACAAGUUACAGGAUGGCGUCCCAGAAACAAUUUACACCCUUCAACAAGCCGGAAUAAAGAUAUGGGUUCUCACAGGUGAUAGGCAAGAAACUGCAAUAAACAUUGGGCUUAGCUGUAAACUGAUUCAAGAGGAGAUGUCUUUGAUCACUGUAAAUGAAGAAAGUCAUUGGGCGACAAAGGAACACAUUGAGAAAAAGAUUCAAGAAGUGAAAGGUCGU